AAAGCGCAGAAGUCCUCUGUGCGCCGGAGCAGUGCGUCACAGCGACCCAGCAGAGCCAGGAUCCCCCGACACAGAGUCAGAUAUCUCAACACAGCGACGAAAAUAGCUUUUCUAAGAGAACACGUCUGCAUCAGUCUGCCACAUGUUUUAAUAUUUUGACGCGUCUCUCUUAGAUUUUUCCAUUUUCGGUGCGACUUUUUUCUUUUUGAAGUAGUAGCAGCUGUUUUUCAACUAAGCCUUUUUUGACUUUAUUUCUCAUUCACGUGGUUUUUUUUUUUUUUUUUUGUUGUUGCGGUGAUACAGCGAGAGAGAGAGGGUCCUGAGCAACAGCUGGGGAAUAUAUAAACUCCGCUAUAUGGAUACGGAAUCGCUUCCAUCUGCAGCUGAACUCAGAGUUUGAUCUCAGACGUUACUCCCUGCGCAAAGAAGAAAAUGAAAUCUGCCGAAGAGGAUGCAUAUGGCUACACGCCAAAUGUCAGUCUCUCCCUCCCACUGGGCAACCCUUGUCUUCCCUCCCAGUACCACAGCCUCCAGUCCAGCCCUACUAUAUCUGUCUCUGUCACCGAGCCUCACAGUUAUGACACCCAGGAUGACAUGAGUGCGGCCAGCUACUAUUCAUCCUCAAACAUCCGCCCAAAUGGAGCCCCGACCCUGGAGAGUCCUCGUAUUGAGAUCACAGCCUAUGGUCAGUUUCCUGAGGAUGAGGUGGAGGAAAGCAACCUUCCUGUUGCCAAGCGAGUCAACUCCAUAGUGACGCUGACCCUCCCCAGUGCAGAUGGUUACCGCGACCCCAGCUGCCUGAGUCCAGCCAGCAGCAUUUCAUCUCGUAGCUGCCACUCUGACGCCUCCUCCUAUGAAUCAGGCUUCUCCUACAACUACGACAACUCGCCGCAGAACUCCCCCUGGCAGUCACCCUCUGUGUCUCCCAAGGGCUCCACCCUCGCCCUGCCAGGUGAUGGAUGCACCUCUGGUGGCUCCCCUCGCCACUCCCCCUCCACCUCCCCUCGCACAAGCGUGACAGAUGACACCUGGAUAGGUCAGCGUGGCUCCAGACCUAAUUCCCCUUGUGGUGCGAAGAGGAAGUACAGCUUCAACGGCAGUGGGGCAUUGCACAAGCACUACCCAUACUCGCCCAACCACUCCCCUGGACCAUCCCCCCAGACCUCCCCUCGCCUCAGCAUCACUGAGGAGACAUGGCUGCCAAACACCAACCAGUACACCAACUCGGCCAUCCUAGCAGCCAUCAACGCAUUGACCACAGAUGGAGUGGCUGACCUUGGGGAGGGAAUCCCCAUGAAGGCCCGGAAAACCAGCCAGGAGCACAACCCCACAGUCAGCCUGAAGGUGGAGCCUGGAGGCGAGGAGCUGAGUCCAGGGGAGCUCUGUCUGGACGAGCACCCCUCAAACCGCCUGCCAUUAAAGAAGGAGGGCUACUGUGGUGGGUUUCUAGAUGUGCCACAACACCCGUACUCCUGGUCCAAGCCAAAGCAAUAUGUCAGCCCGUCCCUGCCAGCUCUCGACUGGCAGCUGCCGUCCAGCUCAGGGCCGUACAGCCUGCAGAUCGAGGUGCAGCCCAAGUCCCACCACCGAGCCCAUUAUGAAACGGAGGGCAGCAGGGGAGCGGUAAAGGCCCUGGCAGGAGGACACCCAGUCGUUAAGCUCCAUGGCUAUAUGGAGAGCGAGCCUCUGACCCUGCAGCUGUUCAUCGGCACAGCUGAUGACAGGCUGCUGAGGCCCCACGCCUUCUACCAGGUACACCGUAUCACCGGGAAGACAGUGUCCACCCCGAGCCACGAGGCCCUGCACAACAACACCAAGGUCCUGGAGAUCCCACUGCUGCCAGAGAACAACAUGCGGGCCAUGAUCGACUGCGCAGGGAUCUUGAAGCUGCGUAAUUCAGACAUUGAGCUGAGAAAGGGGGAGACUGAUAUCGGACGCAAGAACACACGUGUGCGGAUGGUUUUCCGAGUUCACAUCAACCAGGCCACAGGGAGAACGGUGUCCUUGCAGGCUUCAUCCAACCCCAUUGAGUGCUCCCAGAGAUCGGCCCAGGAGCUGCCACUGGUGGAUAAGCAGAGCUUGGAGACGUGUCCUGUCCCCGGAGGGGAGAGGAUGCUCAUCGACGGACACAACUUCCAGCACGACUCCAAGGUGAUGUUCGUGGAAAAGGCUCAAGAUGGUCACCACCUCUGGGAGACUGAGGCCAAGGUUGAUAGAGACGCCUCAAAGCCUAAUUCAAUACUCGUUGAAAUCCCUCCCUAUCGGAACCAAAGACUCUCCACUCCGGUCCAUGUGAACUUCUACGUCUGCAAUGGCAAGAGGAAAAGAAGCCAGUACCAGCGCUUCACCUAUAUCCCUGCUAGUGUUCCAACAAUAAAGACGGAGCCACAUGACGACUACGACGCCCCUCUGGUGUGCAGCCAGCGUGGUCCCGGCCUGUCCUUGCACCCAAAGCCAUACUUCCCCCCUCAGGUCAUGACCCCAAUGAUGACCUCUGACCUUAGGCCGUGUGUGGUGGGCGGGGCUUACUCUGUCAGCCAGCAAAGAUUGGCAGCCAAGCCGUCCUCGCUGCCCCCCUCGUCCUCUCCAAGUACCAGCCCCAAACUGCACGACCUGUCGCCGUCGCCCUUCUCCAAGUGCCUCUCUGCCGGCACAGCAGUCCAACACCCGGGCCAACAAUCCCCGAUCCCGCACGUCUCAAUCAUCCAGGAGACACCCGGGCGCUACCAGCCACCUAACCUCUACCCGCCCAGCAGCUCCUCCUCCUCCCCAACCUCGCAGCCCUCCACCCCGACUGACAGCCCUUUCUCGACCCACUGCAUGACACCAGUCAGCGGCAGCACCAGCCCAGCAGCUCAGCAGCACCCCAAGGUGCCAGAGAGGGGGCGGGGCUCCCUUCAGGAGGACGGCAGCCCCCCAACACUGGCUGUCAGCAUCAAACAAGAACCACAGGAGCUGGACCAGAUGUACCUUGAUGAUGAUGCGCAGAAGGUCAAAGCCAGAUCAAAUAGAGGAGAGGAGGUCAGUCAGUUCAGUCUGGGCCGGGAAGAGCACACAUGGCAGCGGAACGACACACUGUAGGAGGGUGGAGAUGAGUCAAUGAGAUCAUCAGGAACGACCUGUCAAGCAUCUCCGUCCACAGCCAUGCGUAGUUUCCCAUCACCACCACAACUGACACAGGAAACAAAAAUAAAGAGAAACACCAAACAAAAUUUGUCAUUAUGGUUUUUAUGCUUGGACUACAGCAUGAAGGAAGCAGCUAAAGGAAAUGCAAGGAGAACAAAUGUAAAUGUAUUGUCCAGAUGACCAGGGUCCAACGUGUGCCUUGUUUUUCAUAUAUAAUGCCUUUACACAGAAAUUAUCCAAGGAAUGCAUCACAUGACUGACUUUUUUAAGACAUGUAAAUUGAGUAUGUAGCAACCAACCCUGCCAUCCCCAACUACAAAGUAUGCUUUUAGAGGACCAAAAAUUGUGUUUUGUUUUUUUUUGUUGCAGUUUGUAAAUGAUUCAGUGCCUAUUACUUAUGUAAUUUGUAUAUACCAUAGCUGUAGUGCUUCAGAUGCAUAUCUGGCUUUACAGAGACACAAUUUAAAAGAGAAGUGCCUUUUAGACUGGAAACACAAAACUGUAGCCUGAGUUUGGCUUCACAUGUUCAAAUUGAAAAUUUGUAAAAUUACAAGAUUUUUUUAAUGGGAGAUAAUGUAACUUUUGCUGAAUAGUGGCUACAAAUGGCAAUUAUGGGAUAAUGUUGAAUGCUAAAAGACAGUGUAACAGUAGCUCAAAUAGGGAAUUGUCAUAACAUCAGCAAACUGCCUAAUCAGUUUCCAAAAGCUACUGGUCAUACCAGACAAAGUAAGGCUGUUGCAACAAAACACUUUCCAGAUGAUAAGUUACCAAAACCUCAUACAGAGUUCUUAUGUCUUUAUGAACUCUUACAGUACACAAAACUGUGCAGUCACAGAAUAAUGAGUCAUUUUGUGUUGUUUUUCUAAAUAAAAAUAAUAUAGACUGCAUAGUGACUUGAAAAUAACAUGAACUUUGGAGUAAACUUUUGGCUACAGUAAUAAUGGUUUGACUUUUAUCAAAGUAGAAAUCAUCUCAGUUUUGAUAAAGCUUGACUUUUAUUAUUCCCUGGAAGCUAUGCAACAUGCAAGUAGCAUUAGUCUCUCAAAGAAUGUAAACAUUCACCAUUGUAACUGAGAAGGUCUCUAAUCCAAAGAAUACUUAACAGUGAACAGCAAUACAAAUAUAUACAUUCUUUAAUGUUUGUUUUUGUUUUUUCAUAUUUAUUCUCUUAGCAUGUGCUCUCUUUAUUCAUGUUUAUCAUACAGCUUCUUUUACAUGCUUACCUACAUACUGUGGUUUAUCUGCUAAUUUGUUUGCGCUUUUAUAGCAAAACUGAAUGGGCUUACACACUUCCCAGUUUUAUAUGUAUUUAUGAGUCUUAAGCCUUGUAACUGAAGGGCAUGAAAGAAGCCAUACUGAAAUGUUUACCAAGGAGGUUAUUGUUAGUCUACAAUUCAUAAUUCUGCUUUGUGAUCUAUUUUGUGUAUUUGUCAAUAAAUAAGCUUUCAUCUCUUU